GUAUUUUUGUUCGUGCGAAUACGUCGUAAAGUUGAACGUAAAACGUGCCUGUGUGUUGGUCUUGGUACAGAAUAUGUGUGGUCAGUUGGCUCGUUUCAAAAAUUUAUACUAACAAAAUUGAAAUGAUUAGCUCAUUUCGACAUGAGUUUUUAGAGUUUUUUUUUUUUGUCUGAAAAAUUUCAAUAACGAUGUGCGGUCUAAUAAUAUGUUUGAUUCGCUAAGCGUGAUGCAUGUGAUAAACAUAUGAGUGGAGUGAAGUGCUUCGAAGACAAAUUUCGAUAUUAAUACGUACCUAUCUUACCAUAUGUACUCGUAAAAUCAUCUUCGUUAAUAAACGGGGACUCUUGCGACGCUGAUUUGAUUGCUGCGGUCCGGGGGAAUUAACAUUUUGUCGAUCUUCUACUCACUGAAAAAAAACCCCACAAACAUCUCCAAUAUAUACAGAUCCCAACCAGACCAUCGCGAAGACUGUAGAAAACAUCUGGCUCUAGAAUCCCUGAAAAAGAAGAGAAGAAAAAACAUUUCGGACAUGAAAAUGAUACCGGUCACGCAGCGAUAUUCGUACGGUAACGAAUAUCGAAUGUGAUAUGCAUUUAGAAAGCCGAUGUUAUUCGUCGUCGGCUAUAAAUAAGCAAACGGAUAGCUCUCAAGAGAGUACCGGGCAUGCAGCGACGACCGCAUCGACCAACAUAAAUCGUACCUGGUCGCGAACUGCGAAAAAAGAUAAAACUGCCACAGGCGCCGGAAUCUUCUCAUUUUUCCAGAAAUUCCGCGUAUCGAACAAUAGAUUGACCGAGGUGAACGGGGUAGCCGAUUCGAGAUUUUCACUAGGAUCACCUCAGUCGAGUCGAUAUUCUUUGGCCAGCGUCGGUACUGGCGCUGGUCGCCGUUGGGAGAGCAUAGAAUCAGUGAUCAGUUCAGCGACAGCGACUAGUUUCGCGUUUAUUCCGCCCCAUCAGCUGCGUCAAUUCAACUAUCCUAGGCCACCACCACCAAAACUCCACGGUGCUUUGGAUAGGGAAAAGCAACGAUCCAAUAGUCGACUUGAUAACGGAAAUCGUUUACCACAGCAACGUAGGUAUCGUUUGGCUACUAAUGAAAAUCGAUCGACAGCUGCAUCAAGUGACUGCAAAGAUAUAGCCAGUGUUAAACGACUGAAUCGGAAUUCAACUGGAAAUAUAGACAAUUUCUGGAUUCCCAGUGAUGUUAAUUGCGUAACUGCUGGGUCUGUUGCAUCGCACGAUACUAGUACUCUGAUUAUACCUAAUAAACGUAAACGUUGUUACAGACCUGGUAAAAGGAAAGCUCCUCAACCACCCAGUGUCUUAAAUCAUCUCAACGGUAACGAUCUCAGCACCGAUAACGAGAGUAAAGUUAUCAACGGGGAUAGACGAAUAAACACUAGAAUCCAUUACGAAGAUGACGACGACGAAUACUAUGAAAAUGAUGAAAAUCGAGUCAUCAGCAUAGUUGCCAGAAAGCCAGCCACCUCGUAUCGUAAAAAGAAGAAACGUCAGGCACCUUUACCACCUAGAACAAUGAACAACGAUCACAAUAACGCUGAUCAAGCAGUUCAGCAUCAAUCAUCAAUCAACGUUCUCUCUCAUCCAGACCCAAAAGACGACGAACCUGUAACUUACUGCAACGAUUCGUUAAAAUUAGAAAAAGGUAUUCUCAAAGCUAACAAGCACAGCGUAGAGAUCACCAACAAGAGCGACUCACCAAAACUAGCAUCUCCGUCGAGUCCACCUACACCAGCGGUUUCUCCAAAACCUUGGUAUAAAAGAAGCUGCGUCAAAGUCAACACCCAUAACAACCUGAGUAGUUUUCGAGAAAAACGAAAUUCGUGUCGUAAAGAUGAAAUGGACCAGUGGAUGUUGGAAAGCGGUAUAGCUCGGUUUAGACGAACAGAUGAUGAUAUUUUCAAAAGACAUUCGCAAAUUUCCGUACUGGCUAAUAUCAGCGAACUGGAUCGUCAAGCGAGUGAAAUACUCGAAAAACAACGUAAACAGCAACGUGACGCUAUCAACAAUGCCGAAGCGAAAUUCUAUUCGGAUUUAAUGGAAAAUGACCAAGCUGCACGCAAGGAACGAUUCAAUUUCAACGAAAGUACAUCUUGUAAUGCUAAAAAGAAUAAAGAUUUGAUAUCGAUAUUGAAUAAUUUUACCAGUAGCGUUAGCAAGAUCGGCGUUCAUUCGGGUUUCGCAUCGAAACCCACAUCUCGCGAAGGAAACGAUAACGACGAUGUAUUUCUAGCUUCUGGAUCUAGCUCUUCCUCAGUUAAUAAACUGGCCGAACGGUCCAGAUAUCCGAUGCAAUCUAGCAAUCUAUUGGCGAACAAAAAUAAAAAACCGAUGUUAAAAAUUGGUGAAAUUUUCGAAAAAAAUCAUCGCAAUAUUAGAAAAAAAGAUGAUAAAAAAAUACUGAAUAAAUCAUCCUCAUCUUUCGAAACAAUCAACGAUACGAAACUGUCACCGUUAAAGGAAAAACGUACUCAGAUCACUGCCACCGAUGCACUUAUACCAAUUAAACCCAACAGGGAGGAAGUUUCAACCCAGAAUGAACUCCAACAAAUACCUCGACCAGUACAGAAACCUUUCAGUUCGUGGUCUUGCCCGCAAUGUAAUUCGGAAAACCCUUCGUGGAAAUUCAUUUGCGAAAAAUGUAAAAAAUGGCGCCCAUAUUCGGUCAGCAGCCGGACUACAGAUCAACGUUACUUCGUUGAUUUUGAAAAAGAAAACUCAUCCAAGAAAUCAAAUACAAAUAAUAUUACUAAACAGAAAGAUGAUUCCAUCCAAAAGAUCCAUCUGAACGUUAAAAAUUCCGUUGCAACGGAUCAAAAAAACGAUUAUAAUAAUUUCAAAUUAAAUAAAAUAAAAUACGAUGAUUUGAACAGUCAAAGAAACGCCCAGAGACGAGAGUUUUACUCAUCUAUCGCCGCAGCUAGCGUUUCGACCGAAAAACUUGACACGUCUUCGCUCAAUACGAGUUCGUCGCCGACGAAUAAUCUAAACGGAGCGCAACAAAUGAAAUCUCAAAUUAAUCAAACGCUGCAAUAUUAUAACGAUCAAGAUAGGAAAAUGCUGUGCGAUAUUUUGAAAGAACUGAAGAAUUCGUUGUCUUCGAGUAGACGUGGAAGAUUAGCCAUCGAAGCUGAUGAGAAAAUAAUAAACAAAGUUGACUCGAUAAUCUCGAGUCCAUCUUCAAGUUCUGUCGAGAAUACCUCAGUUCCAAGUACUUCAGGAACAGGUAAUAUUCCAUCGACUAAAUCUUCCUCAGCUAUCAAUUCGCCCAACGUUACACGGAGCAGCAAUCUAGCGGUAGCGAACAACGCUGAAACGAAUGCGACGAAUCCUGGACCUGGGAGAUCUCUGAGGACUAAACAAGAAGAAAAUGACGAUGCAGAUGAAAAUGAUGCGUUCCAGUUCCCUCAAAAUGAAAGAAAACACAUAAAUGAAUCCAAGCUGACUGCAGUAGAAAACAAUAACGUGCCAGUUCUAGCGAUCAACAGAUUAUUGAAAAAAUUACAAACGGCUAUUGCAAAUGGUCAACAUCACGAAGCAGCCAACAUAGCCAGGGAAUUAGCUCGUUUGAAAGUCAGUUGUCAUAUGACUCGACGUGGUACUUCUAGUCGUGCCGGAUCUUCGAACUUGAAAACAGAAAAUACCAAUUCAUCGGCGAUUAAUCCGCUCAAUACAUUUGUUGUAAGCGUGUACAUUAAAGAACCGAAUCAUAAUCGAGGACCGAUACCGCUGCAAAUUCACAACACGACCACGGUCGAGCAGCUGAAGUUGAAAUUAUCCGACGAGUUCAAAAUUCCAGCGCAGCGUCAACAAUGGAGAUCUGAAAAACUCGUUUUGAAUGAUGAAACAGCCGUCUUAUACGAUUUAGGAAUCGACCAAACAGGGAUACCGUUGUAUGUGUAUUUAACGAAAGACGAAGGAAAACCAAUUCCAGACAAAGAAAUAAAUGAAAACAUUACAGCUGACCCACUUCCUACUGAUAAAAAUACUGCAGAUGUCCUCAAAGUCCUCAACAACGAAUCGACCACUGAUACUGGACUACAGAACGUACGAACAGAUCUCCAAUUCCAAGUAUCCAAUUUGCAGUUGGAAACACCUAAUGACGAAAUUGAUAUUCUCGAACUUCAAAAUGACAAUGACAACGUAGACAUUGAAACAGAUGAGGGCAAUCUCGAAGUCAAUGAUCGUCCCGUUGAUGAUAUUCCGCCAAUCAUUACAACUCCUGCGAAAAGGAACGCAAGUAAUGAACGUCAAACACCGUCGCCGGAAAUCCCCAACGAAACUGAUGAUAAUCGUAUUCCAACAGGAUCACUGCCGAUUUCAGGUUGGCAAUGUACGUUGUGCACAUUGAUAAAUGAAACUCAUACAAAAUUUUGUGCAGCUUGUGGAGAACAACGCGUUAACGCCAAUGAAAAUAAUAUACCGGAUAUUAACGAUUUGGCUUCAACUUCUCAACAAAACUAUAAUCAUGCGCCUUGGCGAACAGCUAAAAGAGAUCAUAUUGAAACUAAUAACAAUCACGAGACCGAAAAGAAAGACGAAAAGAAGCUCUACUACCAAGAACUGAUUGACUUGGAGAAAAACGAUCUCAUAACAAAUACAGAACACUUCGAAUGUAGCAUUUGUCUGAUGGAAUGUGAACAAGAUAACGGCGUUGUAUUGAGAGAUUGUCUGCAUACAUUUUGCAAAGAUUGCCUGCAACAAACAGUUCAAUUCAGUACCGAAGCACAGGUGAAGUGUCCGUUUGGAAAUGCGACCUAUUCGUGCGAUAGUGUUUUACAAGAACGCGAAAUUAAAGCGUUGGUUGAUGCCGAUACGUACGAAAAACACUUAGCUAGGUCGUUAUCCGAAGCUCAGAAUAAAAUCAAGAAUGCCUUUCAUUGUAAAACGCCAAACUGCGCCGGAUGGUGUAUUUAUGAAGAUAACGUAAACGAAUUCCAUUGCCCGGUUUGUCGUAAAACAAACUGUCUCACUUGUCAAGUCAUUCAUGGUGGAUUGAAUUGUAAACAGUAUCAAGAAAUGACUCGAAAAGAAUCUGAGAAUAAUGCUGACACCAGCAAAACGAGGAAUAUGCUCGAGGAAAUGGUGGAAAAAGGAGAAGCUAUGGUAUGUCCAACCUGUGAUAUCAUAUUAAUGAAGAAAUGGGGCUGUGAUUGGCUUAGAUGUUCGAUGUGUAAAACGGAAAUUUGUUGGGUAACUCGAGGACCACGAUGGGGACCAGCGGGUAAAGGAGAUACUACGGCUGGAUGCCGUUGUGGAGUGAACGGAGUCAAAUGUCAUCCAAAAUGUAACUACUGCCACUAAUUAUGAUUUUUCAGGUUAUUUUUUGUUUUCUCUCAUUCGUGGAGGGUAUUAUUAUUAUUUUUUUUUAUCAAAUUUAAGCUAAUAUCGAUGCAUUUAUUCGCGUAAUAAGUAAAUUUAGGAACUACCUAUGAUAUUUACUAUUUUCCUGUGUGAAAAUCUGUAUCAACGUAAUAAAGAUGAUCAACAUUAA